AUGGCAAUGACAAACAACAAAACACAAUGUUUUAAAUGUAAUAAAAAUAAAAUAACAUAUUCUUGUGCAGGAUGUUCAAAAGAGUUUUGUCUCAUGGAUUUAGCAGAACAUCGUCAAAUAUUAAAUAAUGAAUUAAAUCAUAUCACCAAUGAAUAUAAAAAAUUUACACAAACAAUUAAUGAACAAAGACAAAAUCCAUAUAAUCAUUCAUUAAUAAAACAAAUUGAUCAAUGGGAAGUAGAUUCAAUUGAAAAAAUUCAACAAAAGGCAAAAGAUUGUAGAAAAAUUGCCAUUGAAUCGUUACAAACAUAUAUUAAUACUGUUGAAAUGAAAUUUAAUGAUUUAAAUGAACAAAUAAAACAAAUUCACAAAGAAAAUGAAUAUAAUGAAAUUAAUUUAUAUUAUUUAAGAAAUGAAUUGAUAAAAAUUAGACAAGAAUUAAAUAAUCCAUCAAAUAUGUCUAUUCAACAAAAUGGACAAUCAUUUACUAAUGAUGUUUCAAUUGUUUUAUCAAAAGAACCAAAAUUUAGCAAAUAUAAACAAAAUGCGAUCACUGUGGCUGGUGGAUAUGGACAAGGACCACAAUUAUAUCAACUCAAUCGCCCUACAGGAAUCUUUAUUGAUAAAGAGAAAAAUAUUUUCAUUGCUGAUUAUUGGAAUGAUCGUAUUAUUGAAUGGAAAUAUAAUGCAAAAGAACGAAAAAUCAUUGCAGGUGGAAAUGGAUAUGGAAAUGGAAUGAAUCAAUUGAAUAAUCCAACAGAUGUGAUUGUUGAUCAACAAAAUCAUUCCAUCAUCAUUGCUGAUCGUGGGAACAGACGUGUGAUUCAAUGGUUGAAUCAAAAGCAACAAAUUCUCAUCGACAAUAUUGACUGUUUUGGUUUGGCGAUGGAUAAAUAUGGAUUUCUUUAUGUUUCAAAUUGUAAGAAGAAUGAAGUGAGACGAUGGAAAAUGGGUGAAUACAACAACGAAGGAAUUGUAGUGGCAGGUGGAAAUAGAAAAGGAGAUCGACUCAAUCAACUUAAUUUUCCUACUUUUAUCUUCGUUGAUGAAGAUCAAUCUGUUUAUGUAUCAGAUAGAUACAAUCAUCGUGUAAUGAAAUGGAGAAAAGAUACAAAAGAAGGAACAAUUGUGGCUGGAGGAAAUGGUAAAGGAAGAAACCGGAAUCAAUUGUCGUCACCUGCAGGAGUAGUUGUUGGUGAUUCGGGUCAAAUCUAUGUAGCAGAUUGGUGGAAUAAUCGAAUAAUGCGUUGGUACGAAGGAAAAGACGACGGUGAAAUUGUUGUUGGUGGAAAUAGUUAUGGAAAUCAAUCAAAUCAAUUGAAUCGUCCCUUUGAUUUAUCUUUUGAUGGUGAAGGAAAUCUUUAUGUUGUUGAUUGUGGAAACCAUCGAAUUCAAAAAUUUGAAAUAAUUUUUUGUUAA